AUGUAUUUUCCAGGCUUGGGACAAGAGAAAGCGUAUUUAAGAGGCUUAGGCCAGAGGAAGAGUAUUUUCAAGGCUCGGUUCCGUUCGUACCAUAAUGCAGACAGGUCGCAAGAAAAAGGCUCGGAGAUGUUUAAGUGCUCGCCGGAGCCAAGCACGCCGAGCCAAUCGCCACUUUUCAAGCUGGCGUACAGCCCCAAGCGAGCAGCGGCGGAGCUCCGGCACUCGAGCUCCCUCGGCAGCCGGUCCACGUCGUCCCCCUCCGCGGCCUCCGUCGCCCCUUCUCCGUUGUCCGCCGACCACCACUCGUCCGCCGCGGAGGACGACGAAUACGACAAUGGGCGAGACCGCUAUUCCCGGGAUCGCUCCUUCAGGUCGUAUUUCAAGCCUUUUCUCCCGCACUAUUUCUCCUCGAACGACGAUCUGUAUCGGCCCCACCCGCAUAGGCAUAAGAUCUCGAUUCUCAUACUCGCCGCCGUCGUUUUCGCCGCCGUGAUUUCAGUUUCUUCCAUUGUCAAACGAUUGAAUGCCCCAUAUUUAUGCAAAAAAGAUGGCAUAACUCUGCACUGCCCUCAUGUAAAGGAGACUCCAUCACUUUGGGAAAAUCCUCAUUCAGCCACUACAUCAUGGAAACCUUGUGCUGAGCGGCGUGAGGGCAUAAAUUCAGAUCUUCCUGCGGAGAAUGAAACAAAUGGUUACAUAUUUAUACAUGCUGAGGGCGGUCUUAACCAACAAAGAAUUGCGAUUUGCAAUGCGGUUGCUGUGGCAAAGAUCAUGAAUGCUACUCUUAUUUUACCUGUGCUGAAGCAAGACCAGAUAUGGAAAGACCAAACGAAGUUUGAAGACAUAUUUGAUGUGGAUCAUUUUAUUGACUACUUGAAAGAUGACGUGCGGAUCGUGAGAGAUAUCCCAGAAUGGUUCACAGACAAAACCGAGCUAUUCAGUAGCAUAAGACGUACGGUAAAAAACAUUCCCAAGUAUGCUCCAGCACAGUUCUACAUAGACAAUGUUUUGCCUCGUAUCAAGGAAAAGAAGAUAAUGGCCCUGAAACCCUUUGUUGAUCGACUGGGGUACGAUAAUGUCCCUCAAGAGAUCAACAGGCUAAGGUGCAGAGUGAACUAUCAUGCUCUAAAGUUUCUUCCUGAAAUAGAGGAUAUGGCUGAUUCACUCGUGUCUAGGAUGAGAAACAGAACUGGAAGUUCAAAUCCUUUCAUGGCUCUUCAUCUAAGGUUUGAGAAAGGUAUGGUAGGCCUUUCCUUCUGUGACUUUGUGGGGACAAGGAUGGAAAAGGCACUAAUGGCCUUGUACAGACUAAAAGAAUGGCCCCGACGUUUCAAGGAUGGGUCUCAUCUUUGGGCCUUGGCACUUCAGAAGCGCAAGGAAGGCCGGUGCCCUCUCGAGCCAGGCGAGGUAGCCGUGAUGCUUCGGGCAAUGGGCUAUCCUAAAGAGACCCAAAUAUACGUUGCAUCUGGACAGGUUUAUGGUGGCCAAAACCGCAUGGCACCACUGAGAAACAUGUUCCCCAAUCUUGUCACGAAGGAGGAAUUAACCACCAAAUUUGAGUUGGAUGGCUUCAAAAAGCACGUGACAAGCCUAGCAGCUCUCGACUUCUUAGUCUGUUUGAAAUCCGACGUUUUUGUAAUGACGCACGGUGGCAACUUCGCCAAAUUGAUAAUCGGAAACCGCAGAUAUCUGGGCCACCGGCAGAAAUCCAUAAAGCCUGAUAAGGGUCUCAUGUCCAAAUCCUUAGGGGACCCCUACAUGGGCUGGGCCACGUUUGUGGAGGAUGCAAUCGCGACCCAUGAGACACGAACCGGAUUACCGGAAGAAACUUUUCCUAACUAUGACAUCUGGGAGAAUCCAUUGACCCCUUGCAUGUGUAAAACAUGA